AUUGCUUGCUCGACGCGCAACAGUUGCGUCGAGACGAGGAGAGAGAUACGAGUCAGAGUGCAUCAUCGUCGCGUGCACAUAUCAUUGUUGAGACAAUAACAAUUGAAUUUGCAAAGUCAAUCGACUCGUAAUUGUAUAUUGAUUAGCUUUCGAUUGGAGGAAGCCACGCAAGUUUAAAUGCCGCCUGAGCCGCGUUGCCAUGGAAAUGUACGACAGACUUUGCACCGGCUGCGAAUUGACAAUAUUUAAGUAAACAACGCGGUGCGAUCUCGACACUUUGGCAGAAUGACGGAGAAACGAUUGUCCUUGGGCAUUAACGUUAGCAUUCUACUGAUACUGACGAUAUUCGGGGUGCUUCUGUUCUUGCCUUUGCGACUGUUAUUCGACACGAAUUAUUCCGAUCAGGAUCCAAACGAGGAUGAAAACAAUGUCAGUGACCUGGCUGACUCGGCGAAAGAAAAAGAGCUCAUGACACCGAUGGAUUAUCGAAGAUUAAAACGCUGCCCGAAUCUACGAUAUAAGGAUCGCUUGAUGUCGGUCUUUCUGAGCGAUUACGAUGAAAAUUGCAUGUACAAGCAGAACGAGCACGAUGAUGACGAGGAUGACGACGAUGAUGACAGCGACUCUGAAGAAGAAGAUAGCAGGGAGGAUGAAGAGGAUGAAGAGAAAACGUGUGUAGCCAAGAGAGGCAUCGACGAAGAACUGAAAGAAAACGCUGAAGAGAUCUUGAAGACGCGUCAGAUGAAGUCCAUCACAGUGGCAGGUCACAUACUCGUGACGAUGUUGCUCGUAUCAGUCAUAGCUGCUCUCAUUGAAGUACUGCGAAUACGCUUCGCCAGAGAAAAAGAUUCGUCUAGGGCAGGCACGAUUAUCUCACGGAGGUGUUCCUCCAGCGUGGACCAACCCGCCACAAGACGUCCCAUUUUAAGAGAAUUAAUUAGGAGUCAAAGGUCUUUUGAGAUACCUGGAACACCCCGUUCUGCUUUACGUUUGUUAGGAGCACGACCACCCCCGCUCAUCCGCCGCUCCUCGUUUCCAACGCCACAAGCGAAGCAAGUUGCUACUUCGUCUGUUUGUGGGACACCAAGUCGGUUGACGCGGCGUCCAUCUGCUGAAUCGGAGGAAGAUAUCGGGAUUGUCAUCAAUGCUCUUCAUCAUCGUACCCGUUUAAUCCGACGUCACUAAGGCGGCACGAGGAUAGUGGUAUUUUUUUGGUUCAUCGAAUUCUUUGCAUCUGCAUCGAUGACAACACUAACAGGGUAGGCAUUUUGGACUAUAUGGUCAUAUGCAACGCACAACGAUCACGUCCAAUAAUCUUUCUUUUACAUUCGUGCAACGUCUUUCAUGGAAAAUCCUUCGCUGAGUAACAGAUCCACAGUUGUAUCCUUCGAUUUAAUCCGUUCGACGACUUCACAAGGGAUAUAGGGAAUUAUCUUGCGGCGAUCCCUUUUUACAUGCUCACCAUUCUACUUUUUAACUAAAUAUUUUGAUAUUAAUUUAAAAUAAAACUAUUAAUAUAUGGAAUGAAAAUUUAAAAUCAAAAGAUAUUACAAAGCACGAUUAAAAGCUUAUCAUAUUAUCAUAGCACAUCUUAAGACCAGUAU